CUUCUCCAAAGAAAGAGAAGCUGUUAGGAGGUGAAAGUAAGAUGACCUGAAUUCUAAGGAGGUACCAGGGCCAGCUGGUGUGUCAUUUAUCUUUGUAAAGUAAACUAGACAGACUUACAUCAGUCGUGUGCGUGUGCAGUCGUAAACGUCAAACAAGACUUCAGUGGACUUUGACAAGUGAAUAUACACCGUGGCUGUAAAUAAUGACAAAUUUUAACUGAGAUUCUUUAGGAAACACUUAAAACUAUUUGACGGUUUCUCGAAUAUCUUGUGUUCAAAAUGAGCUCUGAACCACCCAGUUAUGAAUUUCUUGACAAGAAGAAAACAAGCGAGAUGCUUAAAAUGUUUCAUGGUGAACGUACUGGUUGGGUUCGCGUUGGUGAAAAAAAAUAUUUUUUUCCAUAUAAAUAUACUGAACAAGGUGCAGGAUUUUAUAAAUUCAAAGCAAGACCUAGUGAUACCUGGGUUUUAUCCUAUCCUAGAUCAGGUACUACCUGGACUCAAGAGCUCGUUUGGCUUUUAUCAAAUAAUUUAGAUUUUGAUACUGCUAAUGAAAAAUACUUGGCUGAGAGAUUUCCAUUUCUAGAAUUCAGCAUGUUUAACCAUCCGGAAGUAACGAAAGAACUUCUUAAGAUAAACGAGGGUGAUCCUGAGAAAGUUAAACUCUGCCUGGAAGUUGCUAAACCUGGUUUUGAAGUUCUGGAGGCUUUACCUUCGCCCAGAUUCAUCAAGUCCCAUUUCCCAUUUAGUUUGUUGCCUGGCAUUCUUGACGCUGAUUGCAAGAUUAUAUACGUAGCACGAAAUCCAAAGGAUGUAGCUGUCUCAUGGUAUCACUUGAACAGGGCUUUUGUGACCCAAGGAUACCAAGGCGACUUUCCUCAGUUUUGGGAAUACUUUAAGAAUGACCUGACACCAUGGAGUCCAUAUUGGAAACAUUUGAAAGAAGCAUGGUCCCAUAGACAUCAUCCAAAUAUGCUGUUCAUAUUCUAUGAGGAAAUGUAUAAUGAUCUACCAAACGCUGUUCUGAAGGUAGCCAACUUUUUGGGAAAAUCCUACAGUAGUGAGCAAAUUGCAAGAUUGGCCGAUCAUUUGAAUAUAAAGAAUUUCCAAAAGAAUAAGUGUAUAAAUUCCUCGGAAUUGGUGGAAUGUAAAAUUGUAGAAAAGGACUCGUUUGUUAGAAAAGGACAAAGCGGCAGAUGGAAAGAUACAUUCACACCUGAACUCGAAGCUGAUGCAGAUAAAUGGAUUGAAGAGAAUCUCAAGGACACUGAUAUCGAGUUCCCAUAUUUAAAUAAUAAUUACCAAUGAAUGGUUUUUUUUAUUAUGUUUAUUUAACGUUGUUGUCAUUAUUACUACUUUGAAAUAAACUAUUUAAUUUAA